AAAGCUAUCUACAGGGAGAAAGGUCAGAAAAUACGACUGAACCUUCCACCAUCGAAUGCCAUCAUAUAUAGCAUUAAAUGUAAUGAUAACACAUUAUUCACGUUUGUUGACGGGAAAAUAGAUGGUGAUAACAACAGAAAUGGAGUAAGUGUCAAGAAAACUCCACAAGGUAUGGAAUUACAAAUACAGUCCUUAACUGAACAGCAUGCUGGGUAUUACUACACCAUGAUCACAGCUACACGUAACAUUCCUGGAGGACAGAUGUUGGUAGUUACUGAUCAGCCCACACAACCAACUAUUACAACAUCAAGUCAAUCUCCAGUUAUUGACACCGAAGUCAAACUGUUAUGUGCAUCAACAUCACGAAGUAAGCCUGACAAUAAUGGACUGAUCCAAACAUCGUCAUGGAAACUUAAUGGAAGUGAGAUCAACGUUGCCAGAUUCUCUAUCAAUGGCUCAAACCUCAUUAUCAAUCCUGUGAGGUACAAAGACAAGUAUAACAGUUAUACUUGUGUGGCUCGAGAGAAGAAACCUACAGAGUUUGUCGGAAAUGCCUCAGAAGAAAGUGCCCCAUUCCUACUAACACCACGCUAUGGGCCCCAAUUUCUUACAAUAGAGGGGACUGAAGGUCGGUCGCCAUUGAUCAGGGGAGAUAUAUACGGCCCAGUGGUGUGUAGAACUGAUUGUAACCCGGAUUGUGUAUUAGAGUGGAGAAAGGAUGGUGCACAAUUCAUUCCAUCUCAAAUCACAUCUGAAGUAACUCUGACUGACCGGUCACUUCCCAGACAAAGGGAGGUAACUUAUACAUGUAAAGCACGAGUGUCAACACGCGCAGCUUUUGAUGCACCAAGUAUUGAAAAGAAUAUAACAGUUGAAGUUUACUACAAUCCCAUGAUCACAGAAACAGAGUACCAAGAUGAUACUGGCACAUAUGAAGUAAUCGACAGAAAAGACGUGAGAUACAGAGAAGGAUCGAGUUUGAUCUUAAGAGUCAAAGUUUCUAGCAACCCGAAAUCAGAUGUUAAACUGUCACGUAACCAGAGAAACGUCACUGUUGGUAGUCUCACUUCACCUCCAGGAACUUAUCAUAUCAGAUUAAAUGAUCUUCAGUGUAGCCACACAGGGUCAUACAACAUCAGCGCAAUCAACUUCGUUACUCGAAAUAGAAGUAAUGUUAUUCCCUCAGUGAAGUCAUUCCAACUUCAAGUCAUAUGUGCCCCACGCAGACAAGGUACAUCCAAUAGCGUAAUUGAAGUGGCCGGGAAAAAGGGACAGAAACUUGGAGUUAACGUCACCGUGAUUGCAAACCCAAAGCCCUCUGGUCACUGGUCUGUCGGAGUGAAGCCACUUCCUGUCAUUACAAACAACGACUAUACGUACACUAUCAGGGGUGAAGUCAAAGUCAACACAUCAGAAGAUUUUAGUGACUACCAUGUUAACAUCACUAACAAUGCACAGUCGGGGUCCGUUCUGACAGUGAAGUUUAAUAUCCGUCCUGAAGAUGUGCCGGAUAAACCAACUGAAUUUCAUGCGUCUGAAGUUGGCAUCAAUGACGUUAAAGUGACGUGGAUUUCUGGAUUUGAUGGUGGAAAUCCCCAACAGUUCCACAUAGACAUUAUGGCAGAUGGAAAAGAUUGGAUGGUUGAUACCCUGAACAUCUCAGACGAAGGCCAGGGGGCACUGAUGGUUCACAAACUUAAGGAUCUCAACCCUUCUUCUGACUACAUCAUCAGAUUAAAUGUUUCCAACAAAAUUGGAAAAGGAAAUUCCUCAGAGAUACGGGUCCGAACUAUGGAGGAACCAGAACAACCUAGCGCCCAGUCCACAUUGACAAUCAUCAUUAUUGUUGUAAUAGUUGUCCUUCUUGUCGUCAUUGUUGCUAUCAUCGGCGUUUUGGUCAUGAAGCAAAGACGAAAUCAACAAGCUGGUGGCACUGCUAAAGUGGUUACCACAGAUGAUAACAAUGAAUAUGCUGUAGUGUGUAAACCAUCCAAAGGUGGGGCUACAAAGAAUAAAGAGGUCACAACUGAUAGCGAGUAUGCCAUGGUCAUGAAACCAAAAAAAGGUGGAGCUGAAAAGAAUAAAGAGGUUACUACUGAUAGCGAAUAUGCUGAGGUCUCGAAACCUAAGAAAGGUGGAGCUAAAAAGAAUAAAGAUGCCUCUGCAAAUAACAAUCACCAACCUGAACUGAUAUAUGAGAACACUGGGGCAUCAUCUGAGGAACCAAAACCAGGGCCAUCCAGGAGGACCAAUGAGGACGGACUUAUUUACAUUGAUGUCGAGAUCAAACCACAAGCUGGCAAAGGGAAAGGAGUCAUUCAUGGGGCAAAUGACAGAACUGCGUAUGCGUUUGUUGACUUUACAAAGACUGCACCAAACCCACUACCUGAUGACAAGGAAGAAGGAACAUAAUUCAACUGUAAUGAUUAUAUCCGAGUUGUCUCCCUCAUACCUGAGUUAGAGUUAUCUCCCCAUCAUACCUGAGUUAGAGUUAUCACUCCAUCAUACCUGUUAUAGACUUAUCUCCCCAUCAUACCUGAGUUAGAGUUAUCUCUCCAUCAUACCUGAGUUAGAGUUAUCUCCCCAUCAUACCUGUUAUAGACUUAUCUCCCCAUCAUACCUGACUAUGAGUUAUCUUUCUUCUAUGUAAAAUAGCUUUUAAGAUCUGUCUCCUAACAUGCCUUAUUCAGUGUUACCUACCCUGGAUAAGCAUUUGUGUGGUGACAUCUGAUUUACUCUUCCUAUUCCGAUUCUGGCUGUCAGGGAAAUGAGGAUAAUGAUUGAAUACACCUGUAGAUAACGCCACCUUCUAUGGUGGUACCAAAAUGCUGUCUUGAGCCUACACGAUAAGGGAACUAAUUUUAGACAGCUGUUUCAUAUAGAAGUACUGCAGACUCCUGUGUUCACACAGCUGUUUUAUAUAGAAGUACUGCAGGCCCCUGUGUUCAGACAGCUCUUUUAUAUAGAAGCACUACAGGCCCUGUGUUCAGACAGAUGUUUUAUAUAGAAGUACUGCAGGCGCUGUGUUCAGACAGCUAUUUUACAUAGAAGUACUGCAGGCCCCUGUGAUCAGACAGCUGUUUUAUAUAGAAGUACUGCAGGCCCCUGUGAUCAGACAGCUGUUUUAUAUAGAAGUACUGCAGGCCCCUGUGAUCAGACAGCUGUUUUAUAUAGAAGUACUGCAGGCUCCUGUGUUCAGACAGCUGCUUUGUAAAAAGAACUGCAGGCCCAUAUUUGUUAGAAUCCAGUAGCAAGAUUGGACCGUAGUCAACAUUACUUACUAGAUUAUAUAUAUAUAUAAAUAGUUUAUAGAAAAUGUUUAUGUGUGGUAUUUAUAACAUGUUUAUUAUGUAAUGUACAUACUACAUACAUAUGAACAAUUAGUUUUUAUGUAUAUGACACAAGUUAUUUUUUUGUAUGGGACGUAUAUUUGUACAUAAAAUCACAAACAGUUGGAAGAGAAGGUUUCCAUGAGUUAUAAACCAAUUGUUAGUAGAUAUGUACACUGUCUUUUGAUUUAAAAAAUCCAAUUCAUUCACAAACAGGAUAAUGAACAGCAAUAUUGACUGAGAGUAUGGUAGAAAAUGUUCUCUCAUUUAGAAUGCAUGUCUGAUCUGUUGAUUGUAGAUAUAUCGACUAAUUAAUUAGUAUAGUCACUAAUUACUCAGUACAAAGACUAAUUAAUUAGUAUAGUCACUAAUUACUUAGUACAAAGACUAAUUAAUAUAGUCACUAAUUACUCAGUACAAAGACUUAUUAAUUAGUAUAGUCACUAAUUACUCAGUACAAUGACUAAUUAAUUAGUAGAGUCACUAAUUACUCAGUACAAUGACUAAUUAAUUAGUAUAGUCACUAAUUACUCAGUACAAUGACUAAUUAAUUAGUAUAGUCACUAAUUACUCAGUACCAAGACUAAUUAAUUAGGAUAGUCACUAAUUACUCAGUACAAUGACUAAUUAAUUAGUAUAGUCACUAAUUACUCAGUACAUGACUAAUUAAUUAGUAUAGUCACUAAUUACUCAGUACAAAGACUAAUUAAUUAGUAUAGUCACUAAUUACUCAGUACAAUGACUAAUUAAUUAGUAUAGUCACUAAUUACUCAGUACCAAGACUAAUUAAUUAGGAUAGUCACUAAUUACUCAGUACAAAGACUUAUUAAUUAGUAUAGUCACUAAUUACUCAGUACAAAGACUUAUUAAUUAGUAUAGUCACUCAGUACAAAGACUAAUUAAUUAGUAUAGUCACUAAUUACUCAGUACAAAGACUAAUUAAUAAGUAUAGUCACUAAUUACACAGUACAAAGACUAAUUAAUUAGUAUAGACACUAAUUACUCAGUACAAUGACUGAUUAAUUAGUAUAGUCACUAAUUACUCAGUACAAUGACUAAUUAAUCAUUAUCAUUAUAAUUAUUUAUGUACAUAGAAUGGUUUUAUUUCCCAAAAUUUUGCCAUUGGGUUUCAAAAUUGGAAUGUUUAAUUCAAGGUUAUUUUUUAUCCAUUGAAAAACAGGAUAUAAAAUAUAAAUAUUCUUUUGAAUGCUUUCUUAAUUAAAAUUGGCCAGGUCAGUAUUCAUCAAAUUUUAUAUUUGAAAAAAGCAAAAAUUAGACAUUGGCAGAGGAAAUCAUUUUUAAACUUCUGGUGGCAUUGAGCUGAAAAUAGGUGUAGAUGUUACAGAAAUUCAUCAAAUUUUAUAUUUGAAAAAAGCAAAACUUAGACAUUGGCAGAAGAACAGUUAUACAGUUGAAUCAAUUUGUACCAGGUAUAUUGUGUAUGUUUUAGUUCUAGUUUGAAAUGUUAAUCUACCAUCAUUGUUAUGAUUUUUAAUUUCUAUGACACUUAUGUUAAUUACAACAUUGUAAAUGUUUUUCAGUGUAAUUAUGAUUUUAUAUACUUAGGUCACCUGACCUAAAGGGUUAAGAUAACCUUUAGUCCCCAUGUUUUAUUUGUCAUGUGCUGUCUGCUGUAAAUAUUUUCUUCAUUAUCAUAAUUAUGUUUAUUACAACAUUUUUAAUGUUUUUCAAUAAUCAUUGUCUUAUUCUGUCCAUCAAUCUGCUGUGCUAUUUUUUGGGUUAGUCAUUGCCAUCCAGCUGAAAAUUGUAGGGAUGUUAAGGAAAGGAAGUGGAAAUUUUUUUUUUUUUUUUAAUACCUUAUCUUACCAAAGGUAAACAUAUAUACAACAUACAAAACAAUUGCAUGUUUAAGCUUCAGUCAAUACCUGAAUUACAUUCCUAGUCAAUACAAUCUUAUCCAGGGUUGAUAAAUUCUGGUAUCAACCUCAAUCAAGGGCUGUAAUUGUAUAAUAUCAUAUAGGUGAUCAAUGAAGUAAUAAC